CUUCGAGGUGCCAGUGUCCAAACAGGUCUAUUCUUGAGUCCCUCGACGUCUUUGACCUCGUUUGUGGCACCUCUCCUCAUCUCUGAGGCUUCAUUCUCUGUGUAUCAGCGGCUGGCUUCGUCCAGUCUCAACACCAUUAUGUCUGAUCUCAACACCACCUCCCCCCUUCCUCUGAUUCCGGUCAUCGUUUCUCAGGAGGGUACAAACCAGCAGCAGUCGGUGGCUGACCUGGCAAAGGAUGAUCGAGACCCUGAGGUCGAAGAGAUUCCGGAGCUGCGGAGGGGAUACUUGGUUCUUGAGACCAGGUAUCUAGCCAAUGAUAUGUCACCUCUGCAUAGGCUGGAAGAUAUUUUCGCUGACAUGGCGGCAAAAGCCCUUCAAAUUGGAUUGUCGGAUGUCAUCUGUCGGCUCGGCAAACGGCCACUCCGUGUGGCAACGAUGUGUUCAGGAACGGAAGCCCCGUUACUGGCCCUGGGCAUGAUUUCAACGGGUCUAGGUAUGGACCAGCAACUCCGGAUCUCGCAUGCUUUCAGCUGUGAGAUUGUCCCGCUCAAGCAAUCAUACAUUGAGCGGAACUUCCGCCCUCCUCUCCUGUUUCGUGACAUCAUGGAACUUGGAGGAGAUACGGCGCGAACGGCCUACGGGUCGCCGGAAUUGAUACCCGGCAACCUCGACAUAUUAGUUGCAGGAACCGCCUGUGUCGACUUUUCUCCGCUGAACAGCCGCAAGAAGACCCUGCUGGAAGGUGGAGAGUCUGGGGCCACCUUCAACGGUCUAUUGCGGUACGCGGAGAAAUAUCGACCCCGUUUGAUCAUUCAGGAGAAUGUUCGGACCGCCCCAUGGGAGCAGAUGAAGGGAAUUUGGGAGGGCCUCGACUACAUGUCGGUCGAUCUACACGUCGACACAAAACAUUACUACAUACCACAGACACGUGAACGUGGGUACUUGGUGGUCAUUGACAAGCGCCGCUUGGAAGCAGCGGGCCUGCUUGGAGAUCUCAAGAACCAGGUCGAUAUUAAAACCAUCGACCAACACGUUCGCAGCCUUGUCGACUCCUUCAAACGGAGAGCAAGUGCACCUGUCGGAAUGUUUUUGUUGUCCGACGAUGACCGUCGACUCGAGUCCAUCGAGAAGAAGGCAUGCCUAGAGCUGCGAAGCGACAUCAGCUGGGAGAACUACCAGGCUCGUCAUCAGCGCCAUCGUGACGAACUUGAACUAGGCAACGAACGCCCGAUCACUCGAUCCCAACCCGGAGUCAAUAUGCUCAGGGCACCGGACUUCUUCUGGCAUCGUUUCAUGAAGACGCAGCCAGAGAGAGUAUGGGAAACCGUGGAUAUGAAUUUCCUGAAGAAGAUUGUUCGUGGAUACGACAUGAACUUCAAGGAGCGUUGGAUCGAUUUGUCUCAAGGCGUCGAUCGAGGGCAUGACAGCCUUGCUGGGUCUGGGAUCGCUGGUUGCCUGACACCAAAGGGUAUACCAUUCGUGACCACCCGUGGAGGCCCCGUGUCUGGCACGGAGGCUCUUUCACUGCAAGGGCUGCCCCUCGAUCGAAUGCUGCUAACGAGAGAAACUCAAGCCGAACUGAUGGACAUGGCUGGAAAUGCAAUGACGAGCACCGUCGUCUGUGCAGUGAUGCUCGCGGGCCUGAUCGCCGCGCAUAAAAUUCUUGACACCAACGAGGGUCCGACCAAGUCUGAUAACACCGAGGAUAAUCCGCUUCUCAUCAGCAAGGAAUAUAGCCUUGUGAGGAGCAGCCUCGGUGUGGCCUCAACUCGCCCCGUCAACCACCUUGAUCUCAAAGCAUUGUCAGCAAACACCGUCAUGUGUUGCUCGUGCGAGAGACAGACCGGGGUCAAGAAUUCAAUUUUCACCUGCUCCCUUUGCGGACAUUCCGCUUGCAUUUCUUGCUAUGGAAAUCCCACGCACUCAUAUCUACGUGAAUUCCGCUCUCGAAUUGAGCCGUCAGAGUUUAUCGCGAAUAUCAAGGGACUUGUUCCCAUGAAGCUUAUGCUUUCUGGUUUAUCUGAAAAAGAUUUCGAGACAUUCAAACCUUUUUACCCCGACAACACCCUCUCAGCGUUCUGGGACGACUUCAUGCACACCACCAAAUCACUUUGCAACGACGCUUUCCAAUUUUUCGAAGUGAAGCGCGGGAAGAGUUGGCGAAUCAUUUAUCAAGGACCGUACUCCAGCUUGUAUCUUGAGAUUGGACCGGAUUCGAUCCAGUGGCUUUUGUUCGCAAAACCACCCAAAUCCGCGAGCACGAGAUGCACCAUCCGAGAAGUGCUAGCAAAGCCAAUCGCACGCAUGAAACCGAACGAUGGGUCAUUUGUUGAAGGUAAUUGGGAAGUGUGUUCCCCUGCGAGCACAGCAUUCACCAUCAAGAUCACUGGAACGGAGCAGCAAGUCAAAUCAUUCGAAGCAGAAUGUGGUCUCAAGGGUGCCAAUUUCGUCAACUCUCAAGUCUGGACUCAUCUUUACGUCGAUGCACUAGACGCCGAUCUUGCGAACCUUGACUACAACAUUAGAGGAUUUUACGAAGCUCUUCCUCACUGUGGCACAUCACUCGGAGCAAUGUACCGAAGGAAGAGCACUGAUAACCAGCCUACCAUCUACCUGUUUCUUGACACGCAAAAGCUCACCCUCCCCAAAGACGAUGCCUGUGUAUUUGCUCUUGAUCACAGUCGUCUUCCUGGAUAUGAACAAAGAAUAUCCAUCGCUGAGUUGUCCCCCACUUGGAGAGCUUUGAAUGCAUCAAAAGGUCCGAGCAAAGUCAAUGCCUAUUGUCGUCGUUGGCUCAAGGUCCCCAGAGUGAAGUUGAACGUCUGUUCUGAACAAAUAACUCACGACGCCUUGCCGCAAGGAACUCAGAUCUCGAUCACAAACCAGAGAUGUCAUAAUGCUUGCAUUCCCCUCGCUUCAUUGUCCGCUCCAACAAUGAUUCUCAACCUGCCCGACGCAAAGCCCGGGUGGCAAGCGUGGGAUCCCGUGGUAUCAAUGAGAGAACUGAAAGGUCUCGCUUGGUUAUUCCCGAAGAUUGCUGGAUGGUCCGACUUUGAAGAAUGGAACAAGAUCGUCUAUUCAGAGAGUCCGGAACAUGCCAAUGAAGUGACUGACAACUGCAACAUCUGCAAUCCACCUCCCCCAACAUCAUCUGGGGCCGGGACAACAAAGACCGAAUCACUCCCUAUGAGAACCCUCAGGAUGCUGCUACCUAUGAACGUGCCAAGAAUCAACGAACAUGGAGAUGGAGAAUUGUGCUUCACUCUCAACGUUCAAGCUCUGAUGCACCAGGCACAUGGAAAACUGGUUGGCUUCGAAAGCCGCGAGAACAUCAGCUCACACUGGCGACUUCUUCCUCAUGCAUACGAUAUGCAGAAGUCCAAGCUGGGCCGACAAGAGACUGAUUGCAAGUUCACAUUACUUAACAAUUCAAACGAUACUCCGUCAUCACAACCUCCCAACUUCAUGUAUCCUCUGCGCACCGAGCAACUGCAAUCGCUCAGCUGGAUGAUCUCCCAAGAGGUAGAUGACAUUGCACCCUUCAUGGAAGAAGAAGUCGAAGAAUCCAUUCUUCCUUUGAUGCCCUGGCGUGCCGAAGUCAAAGCGACAAUCCCCAAGAUAGUUCGUGGCGGCGUGCUGGCUGAUGAGGUCGGAUAUGGAAAGACGGCAAUUGUCCUUGGAUUGAUUGAUGCACAGUACGAAAGAGACUGCAAUCGGAUUCCGGAUGAAAGCAACGGGUUGAUCCCAACAAAGGCAACUCUGAUUAUUGUGCCGACCAACGUGUUCAAGCAAUGGCAUUCGGAAACCAAGAAAUUCCUUGGAGAGAAAUACAAGGUACUUGCACUGGAGUCGAUCACCAAGACUACCAUUCAGGAUGUUCAAGAUGCUGACAUCGUUCUUCUGUCAUGGAGUAUCUUGGCGAACGACAGCUACUACACCCGACUUCAAAGGUUCACCGGAACACCGCAAGCUCCCGCAAGAUCGGGCGGAGGAACAGGUCGUAACUUCGACAGCUGGUUCCACAACGCCCGUGCUUCCCUUCGGGAGCUUGUUGGUACUUUGAAAUCCCAUGGUCCUGAGGCGCUGCUUCAAGAAAUUAGGGCAAGACGUCGCCGAGUUCAAGAAACACAGGCCAACUGCACAUUUGUGCCUUCCCGACGCCUCCGUGGUCAGGCAUUCGCUGCCGCUCAAGAAAAAGCUGGCACUGACAAGUCCGACACAGCAGCUACAUCUACAGCAGCUACAACACAGACAGUUGAGACUGAAGAAUCUUUGGAUCCCGCUGAACAUUUGAACCCUGGUGAUUCUGGAUACGAAGACUCUGAUCUAUCUGAAGCCGAGGACAACGAUUGUGGGACGAACGCAGGCCAGCGGAAGCGAAGACACAGCAAGCAGAAAAUGAGAGCUCCAGGAGGAAAGCGACAAAAACACCAGUUUACUGAACCAGUAAAAGUGCCGGAUGUCAAACGUGAAGCCAAGUCGAAGGUGGUGCUAGAUGAUGCAACAGCGUUCGGUAUUUCAAAGGUCGAGCAGGGUUGGCGCACUGUUGCAGCUGCAUUCAUCCACGCCUUCAACUUCAAUCGUCUGAUUAUCGACGAGUACACAUAUGCUGGAGAGGAGCGACAGGUGUCCCUACUGUCAGUACAGGCACGCUCCAAAUGGAUUCUCUCAGGAACACCCGCUCUGGACGAAUUUGCCGACAUCAAGAGUAUUGCUCGCUAUCUCGGUCUUGACCUUGGUAUUGACGACGAUGGUGAUAGUGACAGAAUGUCUCAGAACAAGAGACUGCGAAUGAUCCGGAAGAAUCAGACUGCUGCCGAGGCUUUCCAGAUGUACCAAGCUCCUCGGAGUAACGCAUGGUACGGAAACCGCGAAGAGCAUGCUCAAAGAUUCCUACAUCGGUUCGCACGUCAAAACAUCGCCCAGAUUGAUCACAUACCCCUCGAGACCAACAUUGUUCUUGUUUGUCAAUCACCUGAAGAGAAAGCAGCAUACGAUAUCCUGUAUGAUGCGGUAAAAGAGAACCGAAAGCGGAUCGACGGUCCCCUGAACAGCCUUCUUGCAAAGAGUCAGACUCUUCCAGAAGCUCUCAUCAUGAGUUGCACAACGACCCAGAUUGGCAAGCCUCCCUGGGGCGUUGAGAAAUGUCGCAAGGUGUUGGCAACUAACCAAGCCAAAUCUACGAUCCACUGGACGAAACUCGACAACCUAUGCCGGCAAGCAAUCCUUAUUGGAUAUCGUGACGACGACAACCCAUUCGAUUGGCAAGUACUGAAGGAAAUCAUCUCCAAGUCAAAAAUUGGAGACCCCGAAGUCAGCAACAGAGUUAUUGAGCUCUUGUUCAAUUGCCACCAGUCAUACCAAGAAUGGAGUGUGCUGAUGGAACACCAGAAUAUUGUCACCAAGGUUAAUGAGAGAUUCAAAAAGGCUCUCAAUGCAACGGUUGUGAAGGGAACCAGUCGCGGAAAGCCCGCAGAAGCAGAAGCUACCGACGAUAAUGAAUCUACAGAGCCCUCUGAUGAGAGUCACAAGCAAGCAUCCCUCGCCAUGACCAAGGCCUUGACUACAGACAUCAUGACUUCGUUGAAAUCGGCGAAUGGAAUCGACCGCGAAAUCCGCUUCUACAGUGCGUUGCUGACCAUCCACACCUCCACCAUCCCAGCCUGCAAUGGCUGCGGUGAAGACCAGCAUGACCUCGCAGACGUCAGCAUUCUCCGAACCUGUGGACACAUCCUUUGCAAGGGUUGCACCCUAGCUUCCCAAGGGGACAAACAAUGUGUCUGCCGUAAAUGCGACGGAAAAGUGACAGCAGUGUCCAAGGUCAUUGUCGGGCUAUCGGUCAAGGAGGAAGACCGAACAAGCGAAAGUUCCAAGCUCAACAAGCUUGUGGAUAUUGUCCGUGGCGUCCCGCAGGACGAACUCGUCCUGAUAUUCGUACAGAUCGGCCACUUGAUGCCUGUCGCCUCGGAAGCCCUCAAAUCUGCAAAUAUUGAACACCGAAUGGUCACCUCAACAAACCUGAAAGUGAUCACCGAAUUCAUUGAGGGGCCGAAGAUGAAGAAGGGGAAGCAACAACCUCCGCGGGCAAAGGCUCUGAUCCUGAAUCUCGGCAGCGCAAUGGCGGCUGGCCUAAACCUCCAGUGCGCAAACCAUGUGGUCUUCCUGUCGCCUCUGUUCGUGUCUUCGCAGCCCGAAUACGCGGCAGGAAUGACCCAAGCCAUCGGAAGGGCCCAGCGGUACGGGCAGAAGCGUACCGUACAGGUAUACCACCUCCUGGUGAGGGGGACGGUGGAGGUGAACAUCUUCGCUCGACGCAAUGCCUCACAUGGCAAUGGGACGCUGGUAGAGAGGGGAGGGGCGGCCUGCCUCGUGGCAGAGGAGGCCGUCCUGGAGGACGACGUCCGGUGCGCGGGAAAGCGGGUGGAAGAUGAGAACGGGGAGGUUGUGUGA